AUGGGCCAGGAUUCGUUCAGCAAGAAGCGCUGCUACUUCUUCGACAGGGGCCGCUGCGUCUACGGCGACUCAUGCAGCUUCAAUCACAGCUUGCUCAAAGAUUGCUGCGGCGAUGCAGCAAGCGACAUCAACAAGUAUCACAAGAAGAACCUUUGCUCGCUCUUCAUGGUGCCAGGCCUCGAAUGUCCGUUCACAAGCUCCUUUUGCUGGAAUGCGCAUGGCUUGGAGGAGCUACGACGAUCUCCGCUGAGAUUGCCACCCUUGGACGGCAUCCAACGAGGGACGCUGCUCCGCUGCAUGGGCGCUCAUCGCCUAAGUGAGGCAGACGCUUCCGAGGUCUGGCAGUCACCUUCCGAUUGGGAGGUCAUUGACAGAGUGAAGGUGGGCGACACCGUCGUUGCAGAUGGCGUCCCCGUACUUGCAGAUGGCUACAUGAUGGUGCCAGUUCAGCCCGCAGGUGCAGUGGAGCUUCGGUACUUUAGCUGUGUGGCUACCGAUGAGAAGGGCAGAGCUCGAGAUCUUCCAAUCACCGACUCGCACAUCCACUUGGAUGAGAUGCUGCGAACGAGGAGAUAUGGCUUUGCCUGGUAUGCCAAAACCAUGCGAUGCGGCUACCUGAACUGCGCGCGGCGCCGCUGCCUCUACGCGCACGAGGGCGAGAAGCUCCGACCGGUGCCUGCGCUGCGCCCCCAAGACCUGGCCGAGCUCGGCGCCGAGCUCGCAAAGCUGCCAGGCAGCAGAAUUGUCGGCAUCGUUCAAAGCUGCUGCACAGUGGAGGCCAUCGAGGACACGUUGCAGCUGGUGAAGUGGGGCCGGGAGAUGAUGGAUGGACGUAUCUUUGCCACUUUUGGCAUCCAUCCCAACGACUUCGACGUCCAUUCCCCAGAGGUGCAGAUGCGACUUGAGGCAGCCCUUGACCUCUGCGGCGUGCAGGGUGUGGGUUGGGGAGAGUGCGGCCUGGACUUCAACAAGAGGGCUGAUGAGUUGGACUCCGCGCCACAGAUGCGGCAGCAGAUGCAGCAGGUGUUCAUCCAGCAGAUCCAAGUUGCCUUGAAACGUCGUAUUCCACUGGUGGUUCAUUCCAGGGAUGCAGAGGAGGAGGUGUUCCACAUCCUUGACGAGCAUGUGCCUCGUGACCACUACAUUCAACUCCAUUCCUUUAUGGGCUCGCCGUCCAUGCUUCUCUCCUUCCUGGCCCAGCGCCCCAACACGUACGUCAGCGUGCCUGGCGCAGUGACGUGGGCGUGGUCUUCGCAGGAUGGAGGGCUCCGUGAACUGGCGAAAGUCCUGCCUGUCGACCGCCUGCUGCUCGAGACCGAUGGCCCGUACAUGGCGCCCGCGCCGUAUCGUGGCCAGGAGUCGCACCCUGGCCACGUCCCGUGGGUCGCCCAUGCCUUGGCGGUGGCGAAAGGCCUGAGGACGUUGGAUGUGAUCGAGGCUGCCAGCCGAAAUUUCUGCCGAUUCUUCGGGCUGCAGGAAGAGAGAGAAGAAAAAGGCAAAGAGAGCUUUAAUAACCAGAAGUAG